CAUCCAAUGUACCUUCUAUAUAAAUCUUAGUUAUCCAAGAGUUUUUUAGACUCUUGACAUCCCAAACACCAACAAAAAUGUCAUGAAAAAUAUUUAUCCAAUUCCUUAUAAUAGAAAUGGAUUUUUCAUCCCCUAAAAUUCAAUAUCCCAAUUUCAAUUUCUUCCAAGAUCAAUCACCAUUACCAUGGAAUGAUCAACAUUUCUUAGAUGAAUAUAUGACUAAUUAUCCAUGGGAUGUUGACUCCAUCGACCAGAACAACGAUCAUUAUCUACCAAGAAGUUGUUCAUUCUCAGAAAAUAACUCCUCGAAAGAAUGUUAUCCAUUGAAAGUUGACUAUAUUGACCCAAACAACGAUCAUUAUCUAUCAAAAAGUUCUUCAUUCUCAACCUCGAAAGGAAGUUACACAUGGGAAGUUGCCUCCUCCAACCAAAAAGACAAUGAUCAUCAACUACCAAGAAGUUUUUCAUACUCAGAAGACACUAAUUCCUCUAAAGAAAGCAAUAAUCAUCAUGACAUGGAAGAGGUCACAUCUCAUCAUGAUAACAAUAACUCCACCAAACUAGAAGAGGAAAAACACUACAUAGGAGUUAGAAAGAGGCCAUGGGGUAAAUAUGCAGCAGAAAUAAGAGACUCAACAAGAAAUGGAAUUAGAGUUUGGUUAGGAACAUUUAAUACUGGCGAAGAAGCUGCUUUAGCGUAUGAUCAAGCUGCACUUACAAUGAGAGGUCCAUUGGCACUUUUAAAUUUUCCAAUGGAUAAAGUAAGAGAAUCACUUGAAAAUAUUAAGUAUAUUUGUGAAGAUGGAAUUUCACCAGCUGCUGUUUUAAAGGCAACAAAUAAAAUGAGAUGUGUUAAACAUAAGAGAAAUAGGAAGAAGAGAAAAAGGGAAAAUAAUGUUUUUGUUUUUGAAGAUUUGGGUGCUGAAUUGUUAGAUGAACUUUUGAUGAGUACUUAAUUCAUCUUACAAUAAUUCUUCUACUUGUUUGUAUAUAAAAAUUGCUUCUAUAUAUUUUGUUUUCAUGUCACUCACUAUAUGUGUAU